AUGGCGGAAAUAGAAGACAAUAGUAUACCGGCUUCUGAGCGCGGACCAGUAGUGGACACUAACUUGGGCAACUUCGACCUGUCCGAUGUCCAAGAGGAGAUUGAUGAGUUGGUGAGGCCUGCGGACGACAACCCUGCCAGCAGUUCCAUGAUUUCAUCUCUGUUAUCGUCAAUGGCGGCGACAAACGGGGCAUUAGAUAAUGCUGCGCCAGAAGGCAAAUUACCCUUGUCAGACUUUACCAACAGUGACCAGACAAGUACUGGAUUACCUUUGACUGAUCUACCCGAGUCAGUUACCCUUCCAUUUUUAGGUGACGUGACAUUUGCUGGGGAUAUUAGUAAUAUAGUGGGCAGUAUCGAAUCUCUGAGGAAUUCGUCUUUUCUACAGACAACUAACGAAACGAUAGAUCAGUCAGCUUCUUCCUGGUCAGCCGAGGAAAUUGGCGCUGUUGCAAUUGUCAGUGUCAUGGUGCCUUUUAUUUUGUUGAGUAAUGUGUUUGUCAUUAUUAGCGUGGUUCGCUUCAGGAGGUUGCACACGCCGACGAAUUAUUUCAUCACCUCGCUUGCUGCAGUGGAUAUCUUUGUGGCCCUCGCCACUCCUUUCGGAAUUAUGUUUGAGGUGUUCAACUUUGGCGGGGUGGAGCAGGCAGGAGACGCAGUUGUCUGUCUGAUACCCAAUCGAGUGCUGAUGAUGGCGUGUGGUGUGUCCGUAUUAACAAUGGCUACAAUAGCUUACGAUCGCCACACGGCACUGGUAUCUCCCUUGGAAUACAUCAACGUGAUGACAUCCAGAAAAGUGGCCAUUAUGGUCUCCGUCACCUGGAUAUAUGCUGCCAUCAUUGUAUGGCUGCCUCUAAUGGCGGGCUGGUAUGACCUUCCUACGUCCUCUACACCAUGUUCUUCUAAUCUCAUACAGGGAAAGGCGCCAAUUCUGUUUCUGAGCGCCAUUUUUGUACCAUCCUGCAUAGCCAUUUUCGUGUGUUAUUUUCGUAUUUUUAUGGUUGCAAGGCAUCACGCUAAGGCCAUCGCAGCAGUGGAAUUCGCGGUACAUCGUCACCUGCAGGUGAAAUUUAUUAUCAAGGACACGAAAUACGCCAAAACAUUAGCCCUGGUGAUAGGUGUGUUUCUGAUUCUGUGGCUGCCAUAUCUAACUUUCGUCUUCGUUAGGGCAGUGAGUUCUUCUGCAUUCAACAAAUGGAUACAGACCUACCUGGUCCUACUUACCGUAUUCAACAGUGGCAUCAACCCGUGGUUGUAUGCCUUCAAGAACAACGAACUGCGGGCAGCUUUCAAGCGGUUGUUCCGAGAAUUCUGCAGAAGUAAGCUGUGUCUACCAGUAGACAGACGAGCAAGUUUGAUUUCCGCCAUCAGCGGAACUCCACGUCUCAGCAGAACUGACAGCAGAGUAGCUUCCCUUGUUCCGGAAGUGACGGUGUACACAAUCAAUGAAAAGUUAAGAAAGUCGCUUGAAUUUUUGGAUGAACAAAACAUUGAAAAUAAACAUGAUGGAUACGAUAAUGUUCAACGUAGACAAACAGAUUCGGCCGUAGCGCCGUGUCCAUAUUUGUACGUGAAGAGCGCCCUCAGAUCAGCUGCAAGUUGCUCCGAUCUUGACAGUGUCAAGGUCGCGGGAAGCGACAGCGGACAGCCUGGGCCACGCUCUAGGAGUUUCUCUGUAGAUUUCACGCUUCAUGACGACAGCUUUCCCCAGGAUGGCACCGAUUCAUAUGAAGUUCCUAAGUUGUACUUAAAACUGGAGCCCCAAGACGGAGACCCGGGUAAUAACGAGACCAGUGAUUAUCCAUGUGACACCGUCAAUGCUCACUCAUCACCCUCUUCACCUACCUCGCCAGUUACUCGGGCACCCCUGACGCCAUCAAAAUCUAUAUCUUUCACACCUGUUUAUCUACAACCACCUCCUCCUGUCCCCUCCUCUAGACGCUCAUCAGCGUCCUCUUAUACAGCGACGUCUUCCGUUCAGACGUCAUCUGAAAACGCCAAGAAUCUACAAACACCGACGCCUACAGCUCCUCUGUCAACGGAUUACCUCCCAGCACAACAACUACAGCAGCAGCAACAACCCACGCAUCAGCCUCUCAGACAUACACACUCUCUGGCCUAUGUCCAGGAAUCGUUCCUACCAAACGUGACCUGGGAACACUACUGUCCAGAAAACCUGACCGACGCCAUAUUCCAUCCGUUUGUCCAGUUACCAAACAAUCCCAAUCACUCAUCAUCCCACUCAUCAACAACUCACCCAUCAUCCCACUCAUCAACAACUCACCCGAAAGAUCAACAAAUUCUAACACACACUCAGUCAUGUCCCAUAUUUGACCCAAUCACGACGUACAAUCUCCAUUACCCACAAAUACCCGAACACAGAACUACCCUGUCACAUCACGGAAAGUCAAAUCCCCAUAGCAAUCGUCUAGAUUUCGUAAGUCUAGUCAACAGAGAAGUCGAGAAUUCUUGUAACAGGCGAUACUUGGUGUAA